CAGUGUCUUGAGUAGUGUUUUACUAUCUGUGGGACACCCUAAUCAUACGCCUCGCUGGCUAGCACAGUAGCACCACAUGCACCUUCCGCGGUGGUCUACCAUGGGAUAGGGGAGACUUUGUGUGCCUACCCCAGAAGAGGUCACGGCCGGUCAGUAGAGGCGGGCGGAACGCUUAAGAUUUCCGUUGUAAGCCUUCACUCGACGGGAGAUGUGAUGCUGCGUCCUCAUGUCCUCUGAGCAAGUUGUGGCACUUAAUAAGUUGUGACUUGAAUAGUAUUCUUGAAAUUCUUUACUACGUUACACUCCAAGAUAACUUUCUGUGCUGCAGGCAAGCAACCACCCUUUUGGUUCCUAUCAUUGUGCUGGUUCGCACAUGGAUUACGAAGGCAACAAUCUUAGACAUUUCCUUCAAACUAAUGGACAUGAGGUGCUUCAAAGAGUGGACAACAACUAUGGCUUGAGAUAUUUCACAGAAAAUGAGAUUCGACACAUCACCGAUGGGUAUACCACUAUUCUGGGAGAAGGGGCAUUCGGUCAGGUCUACAAAGGAAAGCUAGAUGAUCAAUCUUCUGUUGCUGUAAAGAAAUAUAAACAUGGGACCCAGAAAGAGGUAUUUGCCAAAGAGGUGAUAGUGCACUCUCAAAUAAACCACAAGAAUGUUGUUAGACUCCUGGGUUGCUGCACAGAGGAAAAUGCUCUAAUGAUUGUCAUGGAGUUCAUCUCUAAUGGGAACCUCAACAGCAUUCUUCAUAGCCGCAGAAGUGCUGAUGGUCAUGCUCCGUUUCCUUUGGAGAAACGUUUAAACAUUGCUAUUGAGGUUGCUGAAGUACUAUGGUGUAUGCACUCCAUGUAUAGUCCUGUUCUUCAUGGUGACAUCAAACCUGCUAAUAUACUAUUAGAUGAAAAUCUUACACCAAAGAUAUCAGAUUUUGGAAUAGCAAGAUUGCUUUGUGCUAAUGGGGCACAGCAUACCAGAAAUAUCAUUGGCUCCAUAGGUUACCUGGAUCCUACAUUCUGUGAGAAUGGAAUUCUAACGCCAAAGAGUGAUGUUUACAGCUUUGGAGUGGUUUUGCUGGAAAUGACCACAAGAAAGAAAGCAGUAGAUGGGACCAUUACCCUUGCCCAAUGUUUUAGUGAGGCCCUUGCAAAAGGGGAGAAUAUGCUGCCUAUGUUCGACAAGGAAAUCAGUGGCAGUAGAAAAAUUAAGUUUCUUGGAGAUAUUGGACAGUUAGCAGCAAAAUGCUUACUGAGGGAUGUCAAAAUGCGUCCUGAAAUGGUUGAAGUAGUGACCAGUCUAAGGAUGAUCAGGAAAGCUCUGCAGAGAGAGGAAGAAAAUAUGAGGCAGAAGCAGGGCAGUGUGCCAAAUAACUCAAUUCCCUCAGAGAAUGUAGGGUUGGCGGCACACCAAUUUGGCAAUCUAAAUACCUUCAAUGAAAAGGAAAUGAAAAUGAUGACCAAACACGGCAAUCUAAAUACCUUCAAUGAAAAGGAAAUGAAAAUGAUGACCAAAGACUACCGCAUGACCUUUAGGGAAGAGUUAGGUGAAUGUCUCUACAACGGAGUCCUUGGCACAAAUCGUCCAGUUAUAGUAAGACAGGUUAAGACAUGUUCAGAAUCUGACAGAGAGACGUUUCUGAACACAAUGAGCAUAUUGAGUAAAAAGAACCACAAAAACGUUGCCAAUAUUGUUGGCUUCCACUUAGGGAAAUCCAUUUCAGAGUGUCUAUUCGAGUGUUGCUGUGAGUUAUCCAUGUCAAAGUUUGGCUCUAUAUUAUUAUCCCACAUAAACCUUUAUGACACUAUCUGCUCGAUGGAAAAACUUCCUCUUCAUCUACGCUUGUCAAUAGCAGUCCAGUGUGCAGAGGGCCUGGUUCAUAUCCAUUCAUUAGUAGCUGAAAAUCCUGGUUCGUGUGGCACCAUCCUCUUCGGAAAUUUUAGGUCUGCCAACAUAUUUCUGGACAAAAAUUUUGUACCCAAGAUCUUCAAUGCAAACUUGUCAAUAUUUCUUGGACUUUCAGGUGUGCAGCAAAAUACCAUCUCUGUUUUUCCUAUUAAUGACAAUGCACCAGAAAAGUAUUAUUCAGACCCAAGGGAUGUUUCUCAGCCUUUUAACCCGAAAUAUGAUGUUUAUAGCUUUGGAGUUGUUCUUUUAGAACUCAUAACUUGGAGGACAGUAAGAUACAUAUAUGAUGGGAGGGCUCAUGUGCUUACCAAGGACUUCAUUGAUUCUUAUGGAACUGACUGUAAUGCCAUUGAAAUUUUUGGCAAGGUCUACGAUGAACAAGGCGGGUCCUUCAUUCACGAGGCCAUAGCCAUCGCAGUUGAUUGCUUACAAGUUCAUAUCCAAAAGAGGCCAGAAAUGAAUGAUGUACUUUCCCGUCUCCGAAUCAUCGCCUCUGCUCAAAGUAUUAGAAGCAAACUCACUGCUGGUGGCAACAAUAAACCAAGCCAACCCACGGGUUCUGCUCCUGUUAAUAACACAGAACAACUUCAUCCAACAAUCAUAUCAACCAUUUCUCUGGAUGAACUUAAUGAAGCAACCAGGAAUUUCAGUAAUGAUGUUCUUAUAGGACAGGGCUUAUACACCAAAAUUUUCCUGGGGGUUCUUAAUGGAAAGAGUUGUGCUGUAAAAAAGCUUGAUCCUGUUGAAGAAAUUCAAGUAGAGGUAUCCACCAUAUCAAGAAUGUGUAAUCAUGACUCGCAAAAAGAAAGAAAGAAAAAAAAAGAAUGUGUAAUCAUGACAAUGUUGCACAACUUCUUGGAUAUUUUCUGGAUGGGAAAAUUCGUGUCCUUGCUUAUGAGUAUGCACCAAGGGGCUCCCUGUAUGAUAUUCUUCACGUUCAUCAUCAUGAUAUCAGGUCAAAAGGGUGUCAGAAACCAACCAGUUCCAACUCUAUCAUGGGUGCAGCGAGUGAAAAUUGCAAUAAGCUCUGCAAAAGGGCUUGAGUUCCUCCACCUGAAGGCUGAUCCCAGCAUCAUCCACACCAACAUCAAGUCCAGCAAUAUACUUAUCUUUGAUGAUGAUUGUGCAAAAAUAGGUGAUGUUGGUGUCUUCGAACAGCUGACUCCUUACAGGGACUAUCACUACUAUGAUCGAACAAGGCCUCCACACAAUGUUUUCUUCCAUCAAGCACCUGAGUGCAUAAUGACAGGAAAGUAUAGCAGAAAGACUGAUGUCUACAGCUUUGGAGUUGUACUGUUGGAGCUUUUAACUGGUCGCAAAUUAUAUGAUAAUUCGCUGCCACAUGGCCAGUGGAUCUUAGUGACAUGGGUAUACAUGCCAGCAUCCAUAGCAAAACCAAGGCUUAGUGAAGACAUGGUAAAAGAAUGUGUAGAUCCAAGGCUUGGAGGACUAUACCCACCCAAGGCUGUUGCGAAGAUGGCUGCUGUUGCUGCACUCUGUCUGCAGCACGAGGCGGACUACCGGCCCGAAAUGAGCAUCGUUGUUAAGGCUUUGAGCCCAUUACUGAGUGGCGGUGAAGUGGUUAACCCGUAAUACAAAAAUUCGGAUCCAUUUACAGUUGAACCGAAAAACCUGAAUCGAUGACCUUACUAGUUCGGUUCAACUAACAAACUAGCUACGGAAUUGGACCGGUGCAAACCAGAUGAACUGGCUGGUUUUGUGCCGAAUGUUUUUAGUGACCACACUAUGUACUGUAGUAUUGCUAGGUUAUCUCAUCUACUAUGUCAUAUAUGUGAUUUGUUUGGAUAGAUCUUCUAUUAGGCAUGAUAACAAAAAACUUGCCGUAUAUACAAGUACAUGAGAAAUAAAUAUUAUAUUGAUAAAUGAAAGCCACUGGUUGGAUCGUU